AUGUCGGGCGUUAAUGAUAUCAAGGAACUGGUACUGAAGCCUUAUCAAAGUCAUCGUCAGCUAAGUAUUAAGGAAGCGGAUACAAUCUCGCUGGAGCUAUUAGACUUGUUUAGUCAAUCAAACUGUAAGGAUAAGGAGACAUUGAAGUACAUUGCUAAUUUCUUAACAGUUGAAACAUAUCACGACUUAAUAGAUGAGAGGAAUCUCAACAAGAGGUGCGGAUACCCGGUGUGCAACCGGAGCCAAAAUAGAGUGCGGGAUCCGUAUGGCGGAAAUAUGAUGGCAAAGAAGUUUCUGCAACAAAACAACCCAUAUGCUUAUCUUUCGAGCUACUGCAGCAAGUUCCAUUACAGGUGUUCACAGUUUUACGAGAUCCAGCUAACAGACGAGGCGCUUUUCGUUAGAAUCGGCAUUCAUUUAGAUAAUCAAGAACAAAACGGCUCUCAGAAGCAUGAAAUUACUUUGCUUGAAGACUUGAUGCAAUCAGAGCAGCCCGAUCAGCAGGACCUAAUGUCUAUUGUUAAUGGCAUAGGUCAAUUAAACAUAGAGCAAAGCCAACCUUCAUCAAGGGAAGAGCUGGAGAAGGAUUUAAGCGACUGGCUUUCCCAAAUCAAAAUUGUGGAAAAUGAGAGUCCUUCAAUAAUGGGAGAUAUUCUAAAAGAAGAACCAAGAUGA